AAAAAAAAAAAAAGAAAGAAACAUCUUCCCCUCCCGAAAAUGCCGAGAAAACACCGAGUGCCGUCACUCUGCGAGCUAGCGCUGAGGUCCGUCAGCGAAUACGUGAAGACCUUCGGUAAGCGCAUAGUACAGCCCAUGACGAUGCUGCCCAGCCUCGAUCCGAAAAGGGGCCAGGCCUACCUGAACACUCUGCUGACGGCAAUGCGCCAGCAGCUCGGCUGUAACGUGCCCUGGAACCUCCACGACCGCAUGGCCGUCGAGACACUGCGCGGUAUAGGCGAGCUGAUCAGCGAGAUCAAGAACGCGUACACCGAGCGCUCGACCGUCAGUUUCAUCGCAGAGAUAAACGUCGCCAUAAACCUGACCCGCGUGAUAGUCCACCCGAAUCUCAGGUGCAUCGAGUUCAGCGCCUGGCCCAAGCUCAUGCGACACGCGCUCUACGAGUGCCUGGAGGACAUGACGGGCCUGGAGGUGCUGGAUCUCGGCUCGGGCUCCGUUGGCUGGAAAACCUCGGACAUCGAAAAGAUCAUCGUCAACGCGCUCGGGAACAUGAAGCGCCUGACCUCGUUCACCCUGUGCUUCGACUGUACCGACAACAUCAUCGCGGCUCUCUGCCAGAACUGUCCUAGGCUGCAGAAGCUCGACGUCACGGCCUCGAGAUCCGUGACGGAUCGCAGCGUGUUCUUCCUACUCAAGUGCCAAGAGCUCCGCGAGAUCAAGCUAUUGCGGACGUCGGUGUCGGUGCCGGGCUACGCAAGCCUCCUGUUGAAUCACGCCUGCCUCGAAGACAUAGGUCGGUACGACGAGCUCGGGGUGGCUCUCGAGUACAUCCAGCACAGCGUGGACCGUCGAACGGACAAGCCCUUUGGACUGAAGGCCUUCGAGUGCAGAAAUAUGAGCCUGGAGCAUCUCUGUCUGCUGGUGGACAUGUGCCCGCACCUGACGAGCCUCUCCAUGCUGCGGGACGAGCGCAUAGACGACCUCUCGAUCCUGGCUGCGCUGACCGAGCUGCGCGAGCUGAAACUACUGUCCUGCGACUACUACGCGAACAACGUGGACGUACUGCUCGACGUGAUUGGCUGCAACCUCGUCAGCCUGCACCUGGAACACGUGGGCGAGAUCGACCUCGACGCGCUCGUUGGUAUCAGCCAGUACUGCCCCAACUUGCGCAGCCUAGUCUUUUACAAUUGCGAGUUCCUGCCCGUCGCCGGGGUACGCUGCCGCCGGCUUUUGCAGCAGCAGCGCAACAACAAUAACAACAGGUUGCCCGUCCCACCGUUCGCCAAGCUUGAGAGGCUCAAAUGCGUGGUCGACUGCGCCGAGUCACAUUUAGAGUUCAUACUCCAACAUUGCGCCAACGUGAGGUCGAUCCACCUGGGCUCGUCGACCGGCAUCGGCGACGCUACGAUGCGCCGAGCGCUUACUCGGAAUCCGAUGGGUAAGCUCGAGGAUCUCAAGAUUCUGUACAGCAGUGAUCUGUCGAUGAGCACCGUGCAGCUCCUGAUGGAAAACUGCCAGAAUCUCAGGCGGCUCUCGGAGCUCGAGAGCUGGGACGGCAUCGCGCCACAGGACUUGGACGCGUUCAGGCAAGAACUACGGAGGACCAACGUCAAUCUGGAUACUAGUCCCACAUUAUCACUGGCCUCGUAGUCUUGGCCCGAUACAUACUUACCCCAUGCGUACGCCCUUUCUCCUUUGUAAAUCGAUGGAAAGAAACUUAGAUGUGGAGUCUAGAUAUUUUUUGCAACUACUCCUCCCCCCUCUCCCUCCCUUAUCUUUGCCGGACGGUGAAGUAGGUGUAGUCGUCGUAACGUGGAGUUUUUGAAACGCGACCUUUUGCCCCUUUUUGAUAUAAUGACGUUAUACACGUAUUUCGGACUUUUUAGAUGAAAUUUGUACCGUAGAACUUUUGAAAGAGAUACCGUAAUAUACGCGUAAUGUUAUUACGAGCGUAUUGAUCUUUUUCUAAAGAACAAGAAAUAUAAUCACGUAUUUUUUACAAAGAAAUUUUUAAAGCCAACUAUACUUACACCGCAAGUAUCUCACAACGGUGAAUAAAAAUAAGCAAUAGAAAUUAAAAAAAAAAGAAAAAAAAAACUUUUUUGAAACAUUUACACGUUG